UACAAACAACUGAGAAAGAUAGUUCUUACCACAGAGAAAAAUAACAAUGAAAUUUAAGGCCACACUAUGUGUAAUAUUUUCCCUAUUAACCAUAGUCUUGGCCCAAAAGGAUCCAAUAUGCCGUGAUGAGCCCGAAGCCAAGGGAAAAUGCGAGCAGGUCCUUUCAGGAUUUACCUUUACAAAGGAGAAAAAUGGUUGCACCCCGUAUUCUGCGAGUGGCUGUCGCGUUGAGGGAAACUAUUUCGAUACGAGACGCCAGUGCGAGGAAAGGUGCCGCGAGGACUUCUCAUGGAACAACUUUCUGAUUCAAAGCUACAGGGGUUUAUUUACGCUACAAAAUAAUUUGGCAAAAUUCUUAAGACAACUUGGAGGGAAUGAAUAAAUUAAAUAAAAAAUAUUAUAAUAAA